AUCCGACGACAACGCCGCCGUUGAGGAAUGCAGCAAACUCAUUCUAAAGUGCCAAGAGAAAAGUUGGAAGUCGGACAGUGUUUUGUGCCGGAAUAAUUUCGCAGAAAUUACCCGUUUGAAUUGAGCAUGGAAUCAAACAUAUAACGAUUGAGUCGCCAGGGUUCGUAUGUCUGUGAAAGCUAGUGUUAAGUGCGAAUGAAUUAAAUAUAACUUUAAAGAAAGCCGCGUAUUAGAAAAAAGUGAAAUUUGUGAAAUCGAAUGAAUAGCCAAAAGGCAAGUGUCCCGGUAAAGUGAACUGCAUGUAACAGUAGCCUUAGCCCUUUCGCAAAACGCCCAGCGUGUUACGUUAAUUGAAUGCAAAUAGCGAGUACCUACAGCUGUCAGAAUGUCCCAUCCGCACGGUUUAAGAUACUCUCAGUACUCAUCCUCUGGGGCCGGUCCUCAGACGAGCAAAUCAUCCCAGUCAUCAUCAUCAUCACCAGCGGUAAACGCUAUCCCUGGUCGACCCGGUAGUGCGACGAUUUCCGGUCCGCCUCAGGUACCGCCACCACCGUCUAUGCGUCCCGCUAUGCUGAUGACGUCUUCCGGUUGUUCGAUGUUACCUCCUCCUCCACUGCCGCAGCAGCAGCAACAACAGCCCCAAUCCAGUUCCCAGCAGGCUCAACAACAGAGUCAGACCACGCAAACUUCCGCCUCGGCCAGUCCGAAGUAUGCGGCAAUAGGUGGAAGCCUGUCUGGGUCGGAUACCGACGUGUCAACAUCUACCGAAAACUUGACCCGGGAGGAACGAUACGUACUACGUCACGCUCGUGUUGAGCCACAAGGUGAGGAAAAUAUGCACGGGAACAUCACUCCGGUGAACGAAAUUCAGGGUCGAUACAUUCCUGAAAAGUUUUCCUCCAAUACAUCGUCGGAUUCCACCCGUUAUGCUACGCCGAACAGCAGCCGUAGCAUCUCGGAGUCACGCAACGCGAUUCACGCUUAUGCCAACAGUGGAAACGAAGGCUCCAACCGAAACUCCUUAGUCGGAACCAACUCCAAUCGAAACUCGCUAAAAGAACCCAACUCAAACCGUUCAUCGAUGGACGUAUCACAAUCAUCCUACAAUACCCUAAUCAUCCAUGACGACGGCCUGUACUCGAUUCACGACGAAGGAAUCUACUCGAUGAACCGCGAGUAUUCCAGCCCACCGCCGUACGUGAAGAAGGAACGGCCACGAUCCUACGGAGAGCCGCAAGCUCCGAUGCAGGAGAUCGCCGAGAUUCCCGAGGAAUAUCUCAGCCAGAGUCACGUCCUGAAACACCUCGCCAAGGAGGUUAAGCUGCCGACGCGAAACCGUGGCGAUUCGAAUACCCGCGAUUCGGGAGUGUCCGAAAACACGGACUCACGCGAUCAUCCACCAAAGUACGGCCAACACUGGACGGCGGGACAAAGUGCCUCGGUCGAUGAGUCGGCUACCUCGCCGACUCCCAAAUUGAAAAGCAAGAGUCAACCGGACUUGACACGUCCCGUGGAUAUCGAUCCGGAGGAGAUUGAAGCUUUGUUCAAGGAGAAUACACUGCUUAAGCAGCAGCUGAACAAUUGCUUCCUGAAGGUUGCCAAGAGUCAGAAGAUGGAACAGGAAAUAUCGAACAUUUACCGGGUGCAUGAAGAGCUAGUACAGUCCUGCGAUCGGCGGGAGCGGCUGGAGAAGGCGGCUCGUAACCGCCUACAGCAGGAUUGUCGGCGCCUACAAGAGCUCAACCGAGCCUUCCGAGAUCAAGUGGAAGUUUUGCAGAAUCAACUGCUAGCCUCGUCGGAUCACCAACUGGGUCGAUCGCAGCAAGACGUGCUCAUCUCGCAGCUGGUGACACAAAACAAAUCACUAGUGGACGCUAACCGGCGUCAAUGCAUCGAGCUGCAGGCCCAGAAUGCCACCCUGGAAGAACAGCGAAUUCAUAUUAACGUACUCGACACAGCGCUGAAGCGGUUGGAAGAGGAGUGCCGUCAGAAGCAGGUGUACGUGGAACGAUGUGCUCAGCUUCAGCACGCCCUCCAAUCGCUACAGAAUGCCAGCGAACGGCGAGAGCAAGCCGAACGGAAGCUUCUCAUGGAUUACGAGAAUGAUCUGCCGAACCGAAGCGGAAGUAGUACGACUAGCGAAACCGAAAACCUCAAGUGGCAGCUGCGUGAGAAGGACGCACAGAUAAUGAGACUUGAAGCCGAGUGUGCCAAAUUAGAGCAGCGCAACCUGGAGGAAUCGAACGUUCGCAACGUUGCCAAACUGGCGAUGGAGCGUAACUCGCAGGAAACUGAGCGUAUUAUUGCUGAGGCAAAGCAGGAGAAAAUCCGGUAUCUGGAUGAAGCACACUCCGCAAAUCGGAAGGUCACUGAACUGCAGACCCGCCUCAAACUAGUAGAAAACCGUUUGGCCGAAAAGGAGGCCAUGAUUCGCGCGUAUCAGGGACAGAAAAUCUACGGUUCUACCAACUCCUACGGAUCGUACAACCUAUCUAGCGAUAGCUUCGCACUGAAUCCACUGGGAGCGUACAACUCGCAGGUUUCGUACGACGUGUCGAACAAUUCGUUCGACGUGACGACGACGGCUUCACUGUUGGAUCCCAACUACGGACAGAAUCCGUCUUCCAGCUUCGCUUCGAACUAUGGACAGACGAAUCCGAGCUUUGCUCAAAGCUCGAUCAACCUGCAAACGGCAGGCAGCAAUAGCUACAGUUCACCCAGCGGUAGUUCCAACUACAGUACCAACUACGGUGCCAGUGAACAUACGACCAUCUACGACGCAAAGAACUUUGAUGCCCAGCGCAAAUCCAUCGACGAUCAGCUCAAGCAGCUGGACGAACAGCUGCUCAGCAAGAGAGGCUUGUGUUGCUUCCCAAGCCUAACAACGAAGAAACCAAUCCAGCCACUACUCUCUGACGAAGUGUCCGUACUGUCAACGAACAACAGCGAUAGCUUCCUGCAGAAUCUUGCAAACAUCGAUCAACGUGAUCGAGAGAGACAAGAUCGACGCGAGCAGGAUGGCGCAAGCGGUGGGGGUUCUGGUGGUGGUUCGAACGGUAAUGGAGGAGCGACGAAACCGGAAGAUAUUAUGCUACUGGAGAAGCAGGGACGCUGCUCGCAAAAACUUCGAAGUAAUCAGCUUAGUAAUCUGGCCCAUGUGACGCAAGCAUGUGGUCAGAACAUGACCGAUAUAAGUCAUAUUGGAGGAAAUAAGGUUCCGAAGAUACUGUCCAAUAUAGCCCAGCAAGCUGGCGGAAUUUUGCCACCGCGAAAAGAUCGAGGAUCAUCGCUGCCUCCAAGUGCUCUUCCACGACCACCCAGAAGUUUGAAGCCUCCGCGUAAGAUCGAAUACGGCCGCUUGAGUGAUUCAGAGGGUAAGAAGCGAGCUGACACCCCUCCCAAAACGGACGCUCAGAAAGAUUACGAACUAAAGACGUCGAGUCUGAAGCGUGCCAAUGGAGGAGCUUUCGGAAAAAGAGAGUUUUCCCCUGGCAAAAGCUACCUGGAAAUGAAGGAUACCUUCCAGCUGGCAAAAGAUUAUGGCGUGUUGAAAUCGAAAAACUAUGGAUCAGUUGGGAACACGUCGAUGGUACCGAUGAAAAAUGAAAGUAAGUUCGGGUUUGGAACCAAGUCCAGUAACACCACUGCCAAUAGUUCUGAAUUUUCGAAACCGGACUACACUUCCACGAAGAACUAUCAACGUCUCGAAGAGCAGAACCCACAAAUGCGCAAAAGUUCCCUAGAUACUGCAAUCAUGAAGCGCUCUCUACUGCCGAACGUCCGCAAGCUUAGUGCAGCUACAGUCAAAGGUUCGCGUGAAUCGCUGAACUCUGCCUCCAGUGGGUCAAACAAUUCCAACAACUCCAACCAGAUGCCACGAUCGAGUCCAAUUCACCCGGCCAACGCCGGAGCAGUCAAUCAACCGUCGCUAGUGUAUCACCAUCACAAUCAUCUUCACCACGGUCGAACUCCGCCACGUUUCAUUCAUCAUCAACAGUCGACUUCGGCGGAGUCCACGAAAUCCUCACAGAAUCCACCAUCUCCGCAAUCGCCAACGAUCAAUCAUCCACAGUCACCGUUCUUCAACAAACUGACGCCUAGUACGGCUUCGAAACUUCAUCAGAUCAACGCCCAGCAACAGCAACAGCCGCAGCAACAACAACAGCAGCAACAGCACAAAACAACUACGUUGCCCAGUGCCAGUAUUCUUCACGCCGCCGUUACCGCUUCGGCCACUUCGGCUAUCGGGCAGCAAACUACGGCCUCUCUGCCACCGAAGCCGAUGAUGGAUGCAAAGUCUAGCCUCGGGACUAGCGGAUGCAGCAGUUCUGGCCAACGGAGGGGUAGCAGUUUGACACGCGGGGAGAAUAAGUAUAGAAUUCAGUUUUGAAGUAGUGAGAGCUGAGUUACUGCGAUCGUUGCGGAUUGUUCGGGGCUGAGGUGCCGAAGGUAUUUUCUGUAUUAAAUUCUGAUCUUAAAAUUAAAAGCAAUCGUUUUUUUCCGAACAUAGUUGGGGCAGCUGUAGUAUUUUACUUUUGGAUGGGCAAAAAUUGUAUACAUUGGAUCUUUUUUACGGUAGGAAAAAUAUUUUCAAAUCUGCACAGAACCUGUUCGAUGGAUGUCAACAGCAGGAA